AUGUCCAUAAGUUCAUGGAUGCAAUUCCAAUUUUUCGAGAACAUUCCAAUCAGGGACCCACAAUUAGGGACAUCUUCUCAGUUAUAUUCUGAUCCAACUUUAUCUGCUGCUACGUUAAUCAAUUCUGCUAAACUAUUAAUUGCAGUUAAUUCAUCAUUCAUCAAAGUCGUUGAUAUAAAAUCCUCGAAGGUUUUAGAUGAAUUUGAGGCUUUCCCUGAAGGGUUUAGAAUAAUAUAUUUGAAAGUAAUAAAUAACACAUUUAUAGUUGCUGUAGCAGAGUGCUCUGGACUUCCAGCACAAUUCAAAUUGUUCCGUCUCGAUAAAUUACCUAAAAAUAGCAAGAGUUUUCAUACUUUAGUAGAACUAAAAAAUGGUGGCAAUACAUCACCUAUAUCCGCCAUUUCUAUUGCCAAAGAUUUGUCUUGCUUUACAAUUGGUUUUAUAAAUGGUAAAGUACUGUUAGUUAGAGGCGAUUUAGUAAGAGAUAGAGGUGCAAAACAACGAGUGAUAUAUAGCGAUAAGAUCCAAGAGCCAGUAACCUCAUUAGCGCUCAAUGAUGAUGCCACCUUUUGCUAUGUGAGCACAACAUCUAAGAUAAUGCUUUUUAAUACAACAGGAAGAAAUAAUAACAUACCUGAUUUAAUUUUGAAUAAUAAAUAUGGUUUAAAUCUUAACUGUGGAAGUAUAUCAAGUAACGGAAAUGAAUUUAUAUGCUACAAUAACGGAAAUGUCGAGUUUUACCAAACAAAUGGUGAGAUGAGGUCUAUUUCAGCUGACUUAAAUUCUGUUAAAAGAAUAUAUCCAGUUGACCAAGAACGUAUAUUAUUUGUCACAGAAGAGAAAUCCUCAAAAGAUUCAUCAUUACAAAUCAGUGGACCAAAUUCAACACUAAUGAGUAGAGUAGUUAUAAUUGACAUAAAAAAUAAACUUGUAGCUUUAGACUUUAUUGUGUCAGAUUCAGUAAUAGAUAUCCUAGAGAAUAAAGACAAAAGAGAACCACCUAUUUAUUUACUAACCGGAAACGGGGUGUUAAACAGUAUUUCAGAGAAAACACUUCAAGAUAAAUUAGCAAUUAUUAUACAGAAACAAUUAUAUCCCUUCGCGUUAGAAUUAGCUACUGAUAAUAAACUAUCUAGUACUGAACUUCAAAAUAUACAUAGACAAUAUGGUGAUUUCUUAUACAAGAAAGAUCAAAAAGCAGAGGCAGUCGCACAAUAUAUCCAAUGUCUAGAUGUGGUAGAAACUAGUGAAGUAAUAGCCAAGUUCAGCAUCGAAGGCACCUCUGAUAUCAACGGUAUAAAAAAUCUUUCAGACUACCUAUGGUCUCUAAUAAGAAAGGGAAUCGCCAGUAGCGACCAUGUAACUCUACUCCUAAUAGUUCUUAUAAAAUUAAAGGACAGAGAGGAGAUAAACAUAUUUUUAAGCAACUUCAGUAGGACGGGGACCUUUUCACCAACAGGUAUUGAGAAUGAUAUAGAUGAUGAGACAUACUACUACAGUGACAAGGAUUUAUUCAAUUUUAAAUUAAUACUGCAUUUGCUGGAUGAAUCAAAUUUUCAUGAAGAGGCUUACAAACUAGCGAAAAAGUUCUCCAAGGAUGCCGUAACCAUCGUCGAAGUUUUAUUAGAUAUUAUGAACAGCCCAUUACUUGCAUUAAACUACAUUAAAAGUUUGGAUAUAGACGACACCCUUAGAGUACUAGCUUUAUUUUCAAAGACUCUAUUAGACCUUUUACCAAAUGACACGGUUGCUUUGCUAAUUAAAGUAUUCACUGGGAGAUACGUCAGUGAAAAGUAUGAAUAUAAUAAUAUCAAAAACGAACAAAAAGAGGAAAAACCAAAUUUCAAGAAAAUAUUUUAUAGUUACACAUCAUUCAUUGAUUAUAUGAACGAUCCAUUAUUCUCAAAACCACGGUCAAGUAAUUUCGAGAUCGAUGAAACGAUCCCUACAUAUCAUCCACCGAAACCAUCAAUCGUAUUUAGCUCAUUCCUAGAUAAGCCAUUUCAAUUCGUUGUCUUUCUCGAGGCCUGUCUAGACAGCUACAAAAGGUACGAAGGUUCAAAUGAAGACAAACAAGUCAUUUUCACUACACUCUACGGUUUAUAUCUAACCCUUGCAGAAGAAGAUGUAGCUGAAAGAAAAACUGAAUGGAGAAAUAAGGCAAAAUUAAUUCUUAACGAAAGUCAUAAACUAGUUCAAACCACAUCUGAAGAUACAUCUUCAUUACAUUCUACCAAUGAUAAAAAGGUUGAUAAUUCAUUAAUGACUUUAAUCUCUCAUAUUCACAAGGUAGAUUCAUUCUUAUCUUAUGAUAAUCCAGAACAAGGUCCAGAAAAUAAUUUAAGCGGUAGAGUGGAGAACACAUCAGACAAAGAUAUUUCAACAUCAAUCUUAAACAAUUUUCGAUCGCUGACAUUAACAGAGGAUCCAAUAAAUUGUAUGAGGUACUUUGAACACCACGCUUCAGAUGACUACAAUCUUUAUCGUUCUGCAUUAACAUAUUUCAUAUCGUCUAAACAUGCUUUGAAAGCGAUCGGAGGUGAGGCAGUCGUUAAAGAAAAGCUUAUAGAUAGAAUAAUAAAUCAAAAUUUAUUAUCAACAAUAGAAUUAAUCCAUAUACUUUCUGGUAGUAAUUGUGUAACGUAUGGUUUGAUCCAAGAAGUUUUGAUUAAUCAAAUAAAAUCUAAAGAAGAAGAAAUUUCGAAGACCGAAAAACUUAUAGAGUCCUACGGAGAUGAGUUAAAUGACAAGAAGGAAAAGUUGGAUAAUAUAUUGAACGCCGAAGAUGGAACGACCAUAAAACUAAAGGGAAAGACUUGUAAUAGAUGUGAAACAGCUAUCGAAUUACCGAUUGUCUUUUUUAAGUGUGGCCAUUUAUAUCAUCAACGAUGCCUGAAUGAAGAGGAAUACCAGAAUAUCGGUAAACAAGUGUACAGAUGCCCGAGAUGUAUUGUAGAACAGGAAAGAUCCAAAAAAUUAUAUGAAACACAACAAGAAAUCUCCAUGAAUAAUGAAAUGCUUGAUAUGGCGCUACACGAUGAAGGUAAUAAUGGCGACAGAUUUAAAGUCAUAACGGAAUUUAUAGGAAGAGGCGGUAUUGAGUACUCACAUAUUAACCUUUGA